AUGAAGAUGACGACAGCGACGACAACAACGAUGACGAUGACGAUGACGAUGACGAUGACGACGACGACGAAGGAACAGAAAAUGAAUGAAGAAGGGAAGAAAGAAAGACGGAAGGAAACACUGAUAGCAUUAAAAGAUUUU